GUUUGAUACUUUAUCUUUAUUUCUGAACUAUUUCAUAUUGACAUCUACCAUCUAUCUAUACACAUCAUUAUGUCCACAACAUCGGCAAUCUUGCCGUCCAUCCAGAUCAAUGUCAACUACCGCGAGAUCCGCACGGCCAUUAAGGACUUCCUCGAGCACUACAAGGGUGACACACGUGAGGUGGUGUUCGACCACAACAUCGACGCGAUAGCAGCCGAGGAAGUUGUUGGUGAUGGCCCAAAAUACAUGCGUAUGUUGCAGCGCGUGGCAAACCGCGAAGUGUCGACCUUGUACAUCGACCUCGACGACGUAAAGAGCUACGAGGACACGAUCGCCAGCGGGACCCAGGGGACCUCUUUGGUCGACAACAUCUGCAAAAACACGUAUCACUACAUCGAGUUGUUUAGUGCAAUCAUCGAUGAGUUGAUGCCGCCGGCCACCGUCGACAUCUCGUAUAAGGAUGACGUGUUAGACGUGAUUCUCCACCAGCGGAAAUUGCGAAACGCACGCUUGGAAGCGGAGAACCGCGAUGAGUACGCGACCGCAGGAUUAGAUGCGCCACGCGAUGAUAACAUGUUCCCAGCCAAGUUGACGCGUCGUUACUGCCUCUACUUCAAGCCUUUAUCCGACAUGUACCGUGGAAAGGGGAAGGCCUUGGCGGUGCGCGACGUCAAAGGUAACUACCUCGGGCAGCUCAUUACCGUGAGGGGGAUUGUCACCAGAGUAUCGGACGUCAAACCGUCAGUUUUGGUGAACGCCUACACCUGUGACAAGUGCGGGUUCGAGAUCUUCCAAGAGGUCAAUGCACGCACUUUUACCCCACUUUCAGAUUGUUCAUCCCCUCAGUGCCAGGAGAACCAGACCAAGGGCCAACUCUUCAUGUCGACGCGUGCGUCGAAGUUCAGUGCGUUCCAGGAGGUGCGCAUCCAGGAAAUUGCAGACCAGGUGCCAGUUGGUCACAUUCCGCGCCAGUUGGGCGUGCACGUAAACGGGGACUUGGUGCGGACAGUGAACCCUGGGGAUAUCGUGGACAUUGCUGGUGUGUUCUUACCAGCACAGUACACUGGGUUCAAAGCCCUCAAGGCGGGGUUGCUCACGGACACGUAUCUUGAGGCGCAGCACGUGAGACAGCACAAGAAGCAGUAUGAGAGCCUUGAGCUUGGGGUGGAAGCGCGUGCGGAGGUUGCGCGCUUGAAUGCGGAGGGGAGCAUCUAUGAGCGUCUCGCGCGCUCGAUUGCGCCCGAAAUCUACGGCCACGAGGAUGUCAAGAAGGCGUUGCUUUUGCUACUUGUGGGUGGUGUCACCAAAGAAAUUGGUGACGGGAUGAAAAUCAGAGGGGACAUCAACAUCUGUUUGAUGGGUGACCCCGGUGUGGCGAAGUCGCAGUUGCUCAAGUCGAUCACCAAGAUGGCGCCAAGAGGGGUUUACACUACCGGCAGAGGCUCCUCUGGGGUUGGUUUGACUGCAGCUGUGAUGAGGGAUCCUGUCACAGAUGAGAUGGUCUUAGAGGGUGGGGCCUUGGUGUUGGCAGAUAAUGGUGUGUGCUGCAUUGAUGAGUUCGACAAGAUGGAUGACAACGAUAGAACGGCAAUCCACGAAGUGAUGGAGCAGCAGACGAUUUCGAUCUCCAAGGCGGGGAUCACCACGAGUUUGAACGCUAGAACUUCCAUUCUCGCGGCCGCGAACCCGUUGUACGGGCGCUACAAUCCGCGCAUCAGUCCCGUGGAGAACAUUAACCUUCCCGCUGCGUUGUUGUCACGGUUUGAUAUUCUUUUCUUGAUCUUGGAUACCCCGGAUCGUGAUUCUGACGAGCGUUUAGCCCAGCACGUCGCGUACGUCCACAUGCACAACAGGCACCCAGAGAUGAACUUUGAGCCGUUAGAUGCCGCGACGAUCAGACAGUACAUCUCGGUCGCGCGCACAUACAGACCAAAUGUGCCAAAGACCGUCGCGGAUGAGGUUGUUCGUCAGUACACCAGAAUGAGACGCGAGUCGCAGACAAACAAGGAUUCGACCAAGAAGUUUGCCCAGACCACCCCCAGAACGUUGUUAGGGAUCUUGCGUAUGGCGCAGGCGUUGGCCAGAAUCAGAUUUGACACGGAGGUACGUAUUGAGGACGUGGAGGAGGCGUUGAGAUUGAUCAAUGUGUCGAUGGCGUCCUUGAUGCAGCAGAGUGAUAUUGUUCAUGAGGAUCAGAGCUCGGCUACGAGAAUUCUCCAUGUCAUCAAGGACAUUGCCAAGAGGGAAGGGGCGGACGGCGCCAUGGCGCAACGCUUGCUGAUGGCGAUGGUGCGCGAGCGUGUGUUGGCGCGCGGGUUCACGCAGGGGAUGUUUGACGACUGUAUUUUGAUGUACAGGAAUCUUCAGCUGUGGCAGGUGAUUGAGAACGGCGAGACGUUGUUGCUUCUCUCGGGGAUGGAUGUGGAUGCAGAGAUGGAGGAUGUUUAAAAAGAUUAAGAUACUGCUAGAUAUCUUUGACGCUUGGUUCUAUUCUUGUUUGUAUUAUUAUUUUAAUCUAAUUUAAUUGUUUAGAUAAAGGGUUGGAAGGGUAAUAAAUUAUACUGGUACUUGUAGUUACAAAAACGAGCAUAUAUCUAGAGACCAGACCACAAGAAACCCUUCUUCAAGAUAACACUCUGCUUCACAGUAACAUUAUCAGACGAGUCACCGACUGAGACCAAGUACUCACCCUUCUCACAACUCCACUUACCCUCAUACUCGUCGAAGAAAGCGGUGGCAUACUUGAUUGGCAAGGAAAUGUUCAUAGUCUUUGUUUCGCCGCUCUGUAACUUGACCUUGGAGAACUCUCUCAACUCCUUGACAGGUCUUUCGACCGAUGAGUCAACAGCGCCGACGUAAACCUGAGCAACAGUGGAGCCAGCCUUGUCACCAGUAUUCUU